AUGUUGUACCUUCACCUGACGCUACUACUAAUAGUAGCGGUUCCAAUCAACUCCUUCCUCUUCCCAAUGUCCGGAGGGGGAGGAGGCGGCUGUUGCGGCGGCGGCGGUGGAGGAGGAUGCGGAGGCGGAUGCGGAGGAGGCGGCGGAUGCGGAGGAGGAUGCGGAGGAGGCGGUGGCGGAUGUGGAGGAGGAUGUGCACCACCACCACCACCCCCUGUUGCAUGUGGUGGAGGAUGCGGUGGAGGCGGAGGCGGAUGUGGAGGAGGUUGCGGAGGUGGCGGCGGAGGAUGCGGAGGAGGAGGCGGAUGUGGAGGUGGCGGCGGAUGUGGAGGAGGCUGCGGAGGCGGCGGUGGAGGAUGCGGAGGAGGAGGCGGAUGCGGAGGCGGCGGAGGAUGUGGAGGAGGAGGCGGAUGUGGAGGCGGAGGCGGAGGAUGCGGAGGAGGCGGCGGAUGUGGAGGCGGAGGCGGAGGAUGUGGAGGAGGCGGCGGAUGUGGAGGCGGAGACUGCGGAGGAGGCGGUGGUGGAUGUGGAGGCGGAGGCGGAUGCGGAGGCGGCGGCGGAGGAUGUGGAGGAGGAGGCGGAUGCGGAGGCGGCGGCGGAGGAUGUGGAGGAGGAGGCGGAUGCGGAGGCGGCGGCGGAGGAUGUGGAGGAGGUGGUGGAUGUGGAGGAGGCGGUGGAGGAUGCGGCGGCGGAGGAGGAGGAUGCGGCGGUGGAGGCGGCGGAUGCGGAGGAGGCGGAGGCGGAGGAUGCGGCGGUGGAGGCGGCGGAUGCGGAGGAGGCGGAGGCGGAGGAUGCGGAGGAGGCGGAGGCGGAGGAUGCGGAGGAGGAGGCGGUGGAGGAUACGCAGUCGCACCAAGUGGAGGAGGUGGAUAUGCAGUUGCACCAAGCGGAGGAGGAGGAUGUGGUGGAGGAGGAGGCGGAGGAGGUUACGCAGCAGCACCGAGCGGCGGAGGAUGUGGAGCAAGUUACGCAGCUGUUGCAGCACCACCACCACCCCCACCACCACCACCACCACCACCAAGUUAUGGAUCAGCAGGCAAGUUUUGUGGAGGCUACGCCCAAGGCGGUGGUGGAGGGGGCUACGCUCAAGGUGGUCCUGCAGGCGGCUACGCACAAGGCGGUCCUGGAGGCGGCGGCGGCUACGCGCAGUCCGGAGGCGGCGGAGGAGGUUACGCCCAAGGAGGAGGCGGCGGAGGUGGAGGCUACGCACAAGGAGGCGGCGGUGGUGGUUACGCCGGAGCAGGAGGAAACGGAGGCAGUUAUGCUGGUGGCGGAAGCAGUGGCGGAGGAGGCGGCUAUUCCCAAGGAGGAGGUGGUGGCAGUUACGCCGGUGGAGGAAGCAGCGGUGGAUACUCGCAAGGUGGCGGUGGAGGCGGAUACUCACAAGGUGGUGGAGGAGGUGGCAAUGGAGGAGGCUACUCUUCUGGCGGAGGAGGCGGUAAUGGAGGAGGCUACUCUUCAGGUGGAGGAGGCGGUAAUGGAGGAGGCUACUCCUCAGGUGGAGGAGGCGGUAAUGGAGGAGGCUACUCCUCAGGUGGAGGAGGCGGUAAUGGAGGAGGCUACUCUUCAGGUGGAGGAGGCGGUAACGGAGGAGGUUACUCUGCAGGUGGAGGAGCUCCACCACCACCUCCACCACCUCCACCUCCCCCUCCCCCCGCUCCAGCUCCAGCACCAGUGCCAGAACCUGCACCAGCACCAGCACCAGCACCAGCAGCUACCGGCACGUCAGGAGGUUCAUACGGCGGAGGAGGAGAGGCAGCCGGAGGUGGAGAAGCUGCUGGUGGCAGCGAAUCUACCGGAGGUAGCUAUGGCGGCGGCGAAAGUGGUGGAGGUGAAGCAGGUGGUGAAGCCGGUGGUGAAACUGGUGGAGUUGCUGAAAGUGGUGGCGCCAACUAUGACCAAGCAGCUGCCGGUGGUAGUAGCGGUGGUGGCGGUGGUGGUGAGGAGUACGAAGGAGGUCAAGGUUUCCGAUUACGACGAUUUUCGAAAACUGACAAAGGCGCCUUGGACAAAAACUGCAAUUCGUUGCGACUUCGGAAGAUCAUGCGACAGAGCAUGACAACCGAUCCUGAAUCGUCAAUGGUUCGUGUCUCAGACGGUGUGAAAGCACGUUUGAAUUCCGGCGAAUGGUACGUGGCUUGCGGCACGGACGGAAUUGAACCAUUGGAAAACGAGCAACGCGAGCAUUGCUUGGUUGAAGCAGAGACAUUUGUUUGUUAUGUCGUCAAAAAAGACUAA